GGUACCACAACUAAUUUAAUGAAUUAUGAUGAAAAUAAUGGACGUGAAAGGAAACUUGAUUUUCGAUCUGUAUAUUGAAUUCCGGAUUGUGCGAAAUUACAGUAGUUGGUAGGCCGAAUCUUAAUAAUUCGAAAACUUAGAAUAAUGUCCAGAUUAGAUUGUCAAACUCAAGAUCAAAGUCAAACAAAUUUAUGCUCACAAGCAGUUAGUUUUAAUCCUUCUGAAAUCCAUUGUACACAUGGAGCACUGACUGAUUCUUUUGGUUGGUUUAUUCAAGGAGUGUUGGCUGGUUUAGCAUUCACGUGUCUUAUAUUGAAACGAUUUUGUGAACCUACAAAGCAGAGGAGACCUUGGAUUAUUUGGUUUUAUGAUACAUCAAAACAAGGUCUGGGUGCCCUAGUCAUUCAUUUUGCCAAUGUGUUUCUGGCAGAAUUCUUCCACGGAGAUCCUUGUACUUGGUAUAUAAUCAGCUUUCUUUUGGAUUCUUCUAUUGGAUUAUUCAUUAUCUUCAUUGGAAUACGACUUACACAGUAUUUUGCUCGAAAGAAAGGUUGGCAUAAUAUUGUUUUUGGAGAAUAUGGUAAUCCUCCAAAGACGAAUGCCUGGUUGGCACAGUGUGGAAUGUAUGUUGCAAUUGUUAUACUUGAAAAAUUGAUGAUUACCUUAUUGAUCCAACUACCCUUUUGGAAAAAUGUUAGAUCAUUCAUUAUGUCUCCAAUAACAAAUGCUAAGGUAGAAGUAGCCAUUGUGGUGUUGAUAGUUCCAUUUAUCAUUAACGUGAUAAUGUUCUGGGUGACUGACAACUUUCUGAUGCAUAAAAAUGAACUCUUGAAGGAUGAUAGACACCCUAUCACAAAGUUUAGAAUGCAUUAUCAACCAAUGGACUGUCACAAUAAUUCAGAAGUAGAAAUUCUUAUGUCAGAUGAGGAAAUUAUGGAACCAGAAGACCUUGCUCAUCAACAUUGGCAUGCCAGCUCAUCUCCAGUUACUUGACUUGAUAGUAGGUGCUGACAGUUAGCUAGUAAAAAGUAAUUGGAUUAUUUCAUUGUACUUUUGAUCUUUUUCUUGUUUCAACUUUGAGCUUAUUUGAGUGAGGCAUUUUUCUAGUGUGUAAUUAAAUCACUUCACAAAGUCAAAGCUAGUUGAUCUGAGAAUUUCUGGUUAGUAAUUGAUAUGUAGUCACCAAUAAAAUUUGUUAAAGUAUUUCUCUAAUCAACCCAGUGUAUUUUUACACAUUUGAUAUACAUUAUAUUCUUGUCAUUUUAAAUUUGAAACUACGUGAAAUAUCUGUUUGUGGAUGAUGAGUAUGUUGAACCAGACUGUUAAAUACUAAUCUGUAUUUUACAAUAUCCUGUGGAAAGUCUGUUUCAUACAAAGAACAGCUUUAUCAUCCUUAUUGAAUAACAUUUUGUUUUUUGUGUUCAACUAAAUAACUGAUCAUAUGUAAUGAACAAAUCAAAUGUUUUAUUUAUUACAAAAAUAUAUAUUUCUGUAUUCUGUAGUCUAAUGUUAUAUAUAUAUAUUAAUCAAACUUUCAACAGUGUUUUAAUCAUGACUGUUAUUUAUAAUGAAUGAUAAUACUGUCCAGAGAUAAGAGAUACGAUAUCAAGCUGUUUAUCUAAGAAUGACUAAAUAAUGAUGUAUUUCACUGCAUUACUCGGAUUUUGAUGAAAUGUAUGAAUGUACAUUUUAGAACUGUGAUCCUAAACUUUUUUAUGAAUAACUAGCAAUAUGGUACACUUGAUGUGUGUUUCCUUAUUAAAUCCAGUGUUUUUAGUAUCACAUUUGACUUCCAAGUAAUUAAUUUUGAGUAUCAGAGUAAUGCAUAGAGAUGUUCUUUUUAGAUACAUAGUUAGAAGCUUUUACUUUAGCACUGAGAAUUUUUAUUAAUGACAAUACAUUUUGACAUUUCCACAUGCAAUAGAUAUUACUGAUAUCAAUGUUAACAAGAGAUUGUUUUUUUUUAAACUAAAUGUGAAUUACACCUACCACAUAUAACAGUAUUUUUUAAUUCAAGCAUUGAUAACUUUGGUCUUAAUAUAUUUAUUGAGAAAACUAUCAAGGCAAUUAAAUUUCCAAUAUUAGAAGAUCAGUUUGAGCAAUAAUUUUAGAAAUUAGUAGGACUUAUAAUUACAGGUUCCCUUAUCAGUUACAGAUUAGUCUAGAGUAGGGGUUCCCAAACUGGGGUUGCAGGAAAGUGUUGGGUGUGUGUGUGUGUAUAACAUAUCAACAUCACUGUUAAAGUACUCAGUAUCUGUAGAUUUAUUGGGUGGGGUCCUCAGUCAGGUUGUUGAAUGUUUUUUUUUUAGGCCUUGUGCUGAGGAAAUUUGGGAACCCCUGAUCUAGAAUAUUGCAAAGAGGACUAGUAUUGUUUUAUAUGUUUUUAGAUUUAAAUGUUAGUAGAAAUGUUUCUGCUACAAAUCGUGGGCCGAGCAUGGCUCCGUGGUUAGCGUGCUAGACUGUGGACUGUGUUUCACAUCCCUUUACUGGCAAAAAGAAAAUUGUGCUCUACAGUUUGAGGUCAUGGGUGCAUUAUAAGAUUGACAGUUAAAUCCUACUGUUAAGUCUACCAAGGGUUGACUAUGAAUGGUGCUGACCAGCUACCUUUCUUAUAGACUAUCAUUCAAAAUUAGGUAUGGUUAACACCGAAAACCCUCAAGCAGCUUUGCAUGAAAUUCAACACCAAACAAACAAUCAUGAUGAAAAGUAAAAAAAUAAAUUAAUAUUUUAAAAUUAUCUGAAAUUUUAGUUGAAUUUAGAAACAUAUGUUGAGAAUAGUUUAUGAUACAUAUAAAUGAUGUAAUAUUAUUUGUUCUGUUUGGUAACUACAGUUUGAGUAAUUAUGAAUUAUGUAUCGUUGGGUUUAUACAUUGCAAGUAUUGAAACACCAGACAUAAUAUUUGCUAUUAAACUUGUAGGAUUACUGACAUUAUUAACUGCUUGACGUACUUUCAUGAUAAAUUGUUUGCAUUUACCAGAUUACCUAAUAGAGAUAAAGAUAUUGAUUGAUUUACAUUGAUAUAGAAUUUUAACUUGAGUAAUAGCCCAACAGUUAUGCACAUGCAUUCAACGCGUAAUUGUCUUAAAUUCACAAAAACCUCAUACACAUACUUCUUGAGUAAUCACCAGUUUGAUAAGUUAAUUAGAGUGUGAGAACAUCUAUAAAUGCAUUAGAAUUGAAAAUAUAACUUUGAAUUUAUUAACACAUUUUAAGCUGUUAUGAAAAGAAAUAAUGAAAUGAAGUACAAGGUUAUAGUCAAUAAAAUUAUGCUUGAAUAAAAUGUGUUUGUAAUAGAAUUAAGUUUCAAGGUAUUCUUAAUAUGCAAGAAUUACCACCAUAAUGGUAAUAUGAAACUGUUUAUAGACCUUCUUGUAAAAAACAAAAAAGUAUGCUAGAAAGGAACUUGAAAGUAGCCGAGUAAGUAGUUGAAGUGUGAAAUUGAAUUGUGUGAAGAAAAAAAUAUAUAUGUAUGUAAUGUACUGGCUGUCACUUGAACAGAUAUUUCUGCAUUUAUUUAUUUUUUGUAUUUCUAUUAGCUGAGAUAGUAGGGGUCAAGAUUAUGUUUGUUUGUUCAGAACAAAAUAGAAUUUUGAUUUUAACUUUGAUUUAAAGUAUGAAAAUGUGGAUAUAGUCAGAAAUGAAGUUGAAUUGAUUUUGAAUAAAAGUGCAUAAUUUUGAAUACAAGAUUUCUUAUUUCCCUUCAUAAGUUUUCAACUAAGCAAAAUAUAGUUUCUUAAUGGUAGUCUUACUUUAUUUUAUUCUUUAAUUUUACAUACUGACCAAGCUGUUAUUUUUUUUCAAAUCAGAUUUGGUAUUGUUACAUAAAUUAGAAAAAUGUUAUAUAGACUGUAAAAUUUUAGCUGCUCAUCUAGGAGAAAACUUUUUUUUCCUUCAGAUUACCGUAUUAUACUUGUACUAGUACGUAUAGUGAUGUGAUUACCAUAUAUUUGUACUAGUACAUAUAGUGAUUACCAUAUUAUACUUGUACUAGUACAUAUAUAGUGAUGUGAUUACCAUAUAGUACUAGUACAUAUAGUCAUGUGAUUACCAUAUAGUGCUAGUACAUAGUCAUGUGAUUACCAUAUAGUACUAGUACAUAGUCAUGUGAUCACCAUAUAGUACUAGUACAUAUAGUCAUGUGAUUACCAUAUUGUACUAGUACAUAUAGUCAUGUGAUCACUAUAUUGUACUAGUACAUAUAGUAAGGUGAUGCUGACAUAAGGUUGACUGUCCUCUCUUGUUAUGAAAAAGUAGCCUAUUAAAAUAACAUAAAAUUCAUCUACAUGUCACUGAAAUAAACUUAAAAGAUAUAGAUGCUAAAAUUUAUCAUAACUUGUUAUGUGAUAAAUUGGAAACUAGAAGAUAUUCCAAAAGGUAUUGGUCAGUGUUAACAUAACUUUUGCAUUUAUUGAAUAACAAAACUGUGUGAAAAAUGUGCUCAACACAUUGAAUAACUGUGAAAAAAGAAACCAAUGAUAAAUAUCUUACAAAGAUUGGGUGCCUUUCAUAAAAGUUAUGUUCAAAGUCUCACUCUAGAGGUGAAAAAAAUAAUUAAUUUUUAUGACAUAUUUGUAUCUAGUUCUGAACAGUUUACUUCAGAUUAAACUUCUAGCUCAUUGAUCAUCUGAUAUUCAUCAGUUUAACAAUCUAAUUUUAUGCUAGACAUACUACAUUUACUUUAUGUUAUCUGAAAUAUAUUAAGAUAAUUUUGAAACGUAUGCCUUAAAUUUUGUAUAUGAAUUACAGCUACGAUUGUUGUAUAUGUAUACCUGUAGCUUUUAUGUACAUUAUUCCGUAACCAUCUUUUGCUCUAUACAUGAAGUUUAUUUAAUUGAACUUCACAUAUCUCUUUUUUUUUUCUUUUCUUCCAUGGGUAACUUGUAGAGUAUUAAUGAAUAAUGAUAAUAGUAAGUGAAAUAAGAGACACGGUUCAGUACAGUUGAAAAAACAAUAUUUUUUGGCUUUAUUUUAUUAGAGGAUAUUGUUUUUGAUAAUAUUUUAUUGAUGUAAAUAAAAUUGAGGGACCAUUUUUAAUGUUUACAAUUUGUUAGAAACUAAAGCUUCCAUUAAAAACUGACUGAGCAAAUUAAAUAUACAUGUAUAUCAACUUAUUGUGAUGAUCUACAUGGGUCUUGCCCAUUUUAGUAUUCUAGAAAUCCAUAUUGUGAUAUUCAUAAAACAUCCUCAAAUUGUUGCAAAAGGGGAAAAUGUACAGCUUUAAUAGAUUUAAAUUCUAAUACAUUUUAAGACUUAGUUUUUUUAGAAUUUAUAUUUUUUUUUGAAGAUUACUAACUGAUGAUAGAAGGGUUCAUUAAAAGUCUUCAUGCUAAAAGAGUGCCUUUAUGGUUGAAUUAAUCCUAUACAAAAAAAAUUAACCCUCAGGUGAACCAAAUGGAGUUGAAAUAAAAGGUGUAGUGUACAAUUACUCCUGUAUAAAGAAUAAACAUUAAAGAUGCUAUUGAGAUAUAUUUGAGAGUAUGCUAUUGAAAUAUGCAUACAACAAUUCUAUUGGCAUUUAAUAAGUGUCUUAAAAUAUUGAUUUUGUAGUUUAAUAUAAAACCAUUGAUUAUUUGAUGGCUUUGUCAACUUGAAAGAAAAGUUAGCUUUUUUAAUGAACAUAAAAUGCCCAAAACAAAUAGAAAAUUGACCUUCAAAACAGCAUAUUAAUGUUAAAUAUGAAGUUAUAUAUAUGUGUUCAAAGUUGUUUUAGCAACAAAGUAAUAUUGUGAUCUGACCAAAGAUGUGUUUGAAAACUAUUGUAAUUUUAUUUGAACAAUAAAAUAGAAUUUUGUUGUGCUUAA